CCUGGACUAUGUCAAUGUAGGAGACCACCUGAACCCACAGCAGUUUGCCUAAUGGACAAAGAUUGGAGUCGAGGAUGUAAUUAUCAAUCUGCCCUACAAGGCUUAUCUUCAUCAGGCAGGAGGAUUACAGACUUCUGUCCACUCACACUGGACAUCAACACGACACACAGUGAGCUCUGUCUGUCUGAAGGGACCAAGAAGAUGACACUUAAGAGGACGGUGACUGAAUAUCCUGAUCAUCUUGACAGAAUUGACUGCUGGCCUCAAGUUCUGUGCAGAGAGGCUCUGACUGGAGCUUGCUGUUACUGGGAAGUGGAGGGGACUGGAGGCUUGAUGAAGACUGGAGUCGCAUAUAAAGGGUUUGUUUAGGUUAUAUGAAAUUACAUACAGUAAAGGAACAUGUAUUAUAUUUGUGGUUAUUAAUGGUUAGGUAUUUUUAAAAGUCAAAUGGUAUAAAUGUGCUUUACUUUUUGACCCCAUUUUAUUUGAAUUCCUUAAUUUAAAAAGUUAAAAAAAUAAUUAGUUCAAUUGAUAUUUGUUAAAUCAUUUGAUAACUUCUAAUUUGCAAAUACCUCUGGUCAUGUUUUAUAUGUUCUGUAUAUGUUGUACCGUGGCGGUCCUGUUAAAACGUUAUUUCAUGCCACUGUAUGCUGCAAUGUGGUGUAAGGAUGGUAUCACAAUAA